UCGUGAUCAUUAUUUACGGAAGUACUGCCUCUGAACUCAAGCAGUACUGCACCAUAUCAGUGAUCAUUUAUAUUUGUUACAAAUAUUAUAAACGCUUCGAGCUCGAGCGAUAUCACUGCCAGGAUAGCGCUCUCCUCUCGCUUGCAGGAGCUAACGGUUGACCGGAAACAAGUGAACGUUCGCAGCCGUUGACACGGUGCUAACUUAGCUAGCGCUUUAACUGAAAAUACUGAACCGACACUGAUGUAAUUUCCACCCCCGUUUCUCAGGUUGUCGGUGUCAGUGUGUUUAGAAGUCAUAUGAGGCCUGUUUGAUAGAAGAAUAAUUGCUAUUAAAAUAUUAAUUAUAUGGCAGUCUUUAGUGGAAGUGUUGACGAAAGCUAACCGCCUGCUAACGUGCUAACUAGCCACACAAACGCUAGUGUUGAACCAUGGGGGCCGAACAGAGCGGAGAUGCGGAGCACAAACACUCCGACUACAGCUCCUCUGUGGUACCGUCUCCAGCAAAGCAGAAGGCGAAGAUGGAUGACAUUGUCGUCGUGGCACAGGGGACCCAGUCGAUGAGAAAUAUUCACAACGACCCUGAUGUUAUAAAGCUUCAAGAAAUCCCCACGUUUCAGCCUCUUUUGAAAGGAGUGCUGAGUGGUCAAACCUCACCGAGCACUGUGUGCCUGGAAAGGUUGGAUGCUGCUCAAGUGAUGCAGCUCUGCGUGCGAUAUCAGGACCAUCUUCAUCAGUGUGCUGAGGCCGUGGCCUUUGACCAGAAUGCCCUGGUUAAGAGGAUCAAAGAGAUGGACUUGUCUGUAGAAACGUUGUUCAGCAUCAUGCAGGAGCGCCAGAAACGCUACGCCAAGUACGCUGAGCAGAUCCAGAAGGUCAACGAGAUGUCAAUGAUCCUGAGACGCAUCCAGAUGGGCAUUGACCAGACGAUACCACUGAUGGAGCGCCUUAACAACAUGCUGCCUGAGAGCGAGCGCCUGGAGCCCUUCAGUAUGAGGCCUGAUGGGGAAUCUGCCACCAAGUAGCCUCCUUAAAGACACCACAGCUGCUUCUUACAUGAGUCUCCGUUCAAGCCCUUUAUCCAGGAGAGAGUGCAGGUCUGUCCAACUGUAGGGAUACUUGUAAGCCUUUUUAUAGAAGUAGAGCGAAAGUGUAAAUGUGCCACAAAACAGCUCAAGGUCAUUUAAACUCUUUUGUUCUCUCACUGUGGGACACUUUCUUUUUGUGACUAUCUUAGUGAUCUCCUAAAAAACAACAUUACAUCUCAUCUCUGAGCUGUUCGUGUCCUUAACAUGCCUGUUUAGUUUAUUCUACAAAAAUGCUCUAGUUUUCAUUUCAGCUUUUUGCAGGAGAAACUGUAAUGAAAAACCUCUCUGUCUAGCAUUUGUUGUUGGAAUCAGAUCCAGCUGCAGAGAUGACAGGCAUUUAAAUUAAUUGUAUAGAAAAACCAGUUAUCCCACUGGUUAUAAAGAGGCAUUAAAUAUGAUUUGUUUCAUAGCAUCUUAAAACUUCUCAUAUGGAAUUCAGUGCAGUAAGUUUUGCUGAGGACAAAGGCUCUUAAUCAUUAGCAUUAAAUAUCCUAACCAUUGCUAUCAGCUACCCCUGCUCUCCUGGAGCAGUUGCUCAAAUACUCUCCAACUGCAGACUGUUUGGAGAUUAUUACUUAACCCGUCUUUUCAAUGCUGCAGGCUGGAUUCACUCCAAGUACACACUGUUCUUACUUACGUUACCAGCAUGAAAAGAAAUUUAACACUUACGCCGGAGUCAGAAUGAACUCCACAUGCUCAAAACGGCGUCCUGCAGGUGUUGCCAGUUUCCAGAACUCGUAUAGUGGUAUGACACAAAAGAAUCUCAUAAUUCCCCUGCUGCUCUGGAGAUUUGUGCCCAGGAACCCGUGGAUUCGUUUUGGAUCUUUCACAUCACGAUUUAUGAUAUUUGUGAACCCCGUAUUCAUCUCACUCCUUCUCCACAUGCCUUGGAUUUUUAUUUUUAAUCCGGAACAAUAUCCAUGCAUCAUUUUUGGAUCGUACCACAUGGUAAACUAGGAUUUAUUGCCAGUGGAUUGCAUAAGAACUUCUGAUGUCUGUACAGUGGAAGCAAAAUGAGAACCCUGUUCUUGGACUCAGGAUGGUUUUGAUAAACUGAACUUGAACUUUAUUUUUGUGAUGAGAGGAUUUAAUUUAUUUGGGUACUUUUGCCCUAACAUUUGUGUCAAAUCUGUUUGCAUGCAAAGCAAACUGCUGUACAAAGAUCCAGAUGCUUCAUUUGGCCAUCAGAUUCUGAUGAAAAUGAUUGGUGCAUGUUUGGACAGAAACAUUUUUAGAAAUUUGCCACACUUUGAAGACACAAAACCAGGUUUUCAGCAUUAAUGUUAACUGUUUGUUAGCUUGUUACAGUGAUAACCAAGCAUCACAUAUACCAAAGAUUCACAAACAGAACCCCCACUGUAGAAACAGUUGGUCAUGUUACACAAAAGGGAUUCAAUAAAUUCAGUACAACA